UGUCACUGCAGUCACAUCUCACACUUCAGCCUGAUGGAAAAGCAAAAGUCCGGACGUCCUCUGGACAGGUGAAGCUCACCUAAGUAGGCAUUCCUAUGAUGUGGCUAUUUUUAACAACGGCUUGCUUCAUAUGUGGAACUUUGAGUGCUGUUGGAGUCUUAGAUUUGGAAACUAAAGUGAAUCCUGAAGUGUGGAUGAAUGCUAGUGAGCUCAUCAUCUACAACGGCUACCCCAGUGAGGAGUAUGAAGUCACCACUGCAGAUGGGUACAUUCUCGCCAUCAACAGGAUUCCCCACGGGAGAGCACAGACCGGGCAGACAGGUCCCCGGCCAGUUGUGUACAUGCAACAUGCCUUGUUCGCAGACAAUACUUACUGGCUUCAGAAUUUUGCCAACGGAAGCCUGGGCUUCCUUCUAGCCGACGCGGGUUAUGAUGUGUGGAUGGGAAACAGUCGGGGGAACACUUGGUCAAGAAGACACAAAACUCUCUCAGCAAAUGAAGAGAAAUUCUGGGCUUUUAGCUUCGAUGAAAUGGCCAGAUAUGACCUCCCGGGGAUAAUAGAUUUCAUUGUAAAUAAAACAGGUCAGGAGAAACUGUUCUUCAUUGGACACUCACUAGGCACUACAAUAGGGUUUAUAGCUUUUUCCACCAUGCCUGAACUGGCACAAAGAAUCAAAAUGAAUUUUGCCUUGGGUCCUGUGAUCUCAUUCAAAUAUCCCACAAGCAUUUUUACCAGUUUUUUUCUACUUCCAAAUUCCAUAAUCAAGCAUGUAUUUGGGACCAAAGGUUUCUUAUUAGAAGAUGAGAAAGCAAAGAUGUCUUACGUCACAAUCUGCAACGAAAAGAUACUCCGACCAAUGUGUAGUGAAUUUAUGUCCCUGUGGGCUGGAUUCAACCAAAAAAAUAUGAAUAUGAGUCGAUUGGAUGUGUACUUGUCCCACGCACCCUCUGGGUCUUCAAUACAGAACAUUCUGCAUAUAAAGCAGCUUUACCGAUCUGACGAAUUCAGAGCUUAUGACUGGGGAAGUGAAGCUGAAAAUAUGAAUCACUACAACCAGAGUCGUCCUCCCCUCUAUGACCUGACUUCCAUGAAGGUGCCAACUGCCAUUUGGGCUGGUGGACAUGAUAUCCUCAUAACACCUCAAGAUGUAGCCAGAAUACUUCCCCAGCUUACAAGUCUACGAUACUUCAAACUCUUUCCAGAUUGGAACCAUUUUGAUUUUGUUUGGGGCCUUGAUGCCCCUCAAAGGCUAUACAGUAAAAUCAUAGGUUUGAUGAAAGAAUAUCUCUAAAUCCAACCCAUCUAUUUUUUUUCAGUAAAAGUUUGCUUCCAGGCCGAUGUGAGGCUGUGGUGAAUAAUGAGAUUAUCUCAACAUUUGCUUGCUAAUGUUAAAGUGUUCCUGAGUCAUAGGGCUCUACCCACGAAAGAUUUGACUAGUAUCGCUCUUUUCUCACAGAAAUGUCUAAACCUGAACUUUCAAGGUGUUAUCCUCCUGAUGAGGAUCAGAAGCAUGCCAUCUUUUAACCCAAAAUGAUCUAGUGAACAUUUCUCUGAUAAUUCUAUAAUUGAAAGAAUUGCUAAAAGAGGAUUUUCUCAAAAGCUUGGCUGUAGCUCAGGAAGGUGUGGAAUAUUUGCCUAGCAUGCACAAAGCCAUGGGUUUGAACCUCAUAUAUAUGAUUUUGUCUUUUUCUUUAGAUCACGUAGGGAAUACUCAUGGGAAUGUGGUCUAAAGAAAAGGGCUUUGUCGAGGUAGCUGUUUGGGUAUGCAUUGUGUGGCUAUGACUUUCAACUUACCUGAAAUCACAAUUUGACUGGAAGGCAUUAUAUACAAGGCACAACAGAAAUCUUACCUCCCAUCAAAAAGCCCAAAGGAAAUAUCAGUAUUUAAUUAAACUAUCAGUAUUUAUUAAACUAUUAAAAUGUAAGCUUUUCAGAAGCUUAUUAUUUCCUACAAACUGGCAGGGGGCACUGGUAAAAAAUUUGGAAAAAAGAUGAAUUAAAAGUGUGAUAUUAAUUACUAAAAUUAUCUACCAUAGGAAAAUAACUGAAACAAAGAUAAAUUAACAAAGCUAACUGAUAGUAGUUUAUUGGAGCCAGCUAAGAUAAAACAAUGGUCUUGUGUUACAAGGUUUGUAUCCAUAUGAUAUUUAAAGCAGCUCUUGGAAAAUCAAAUUUAGAACUAGGAAGGAAA